AUGGGAAAGAAGAAGAGAGCUCAUGUUAAGUGGACGUCUCCUCCUAGAGGUCGAUUGAAGCUUAAUGUUGAUGGUGCUUUUGAUUUGAGUACCAAUAGGGGAGGGGUUGGUGUGGUUUGCCGUGAUGAAGGUGGGAGGAGUAUCAUUAUGCUUGCUAAGUCCUAUCUAUAUGCACACUCAGCUCUUGCUAUGUUGGCUGAGGUGUGUACAGAGGGUUUGCUUCUUGGUAUUAGCCAAGAAUGGGGAAACAUUGACGUUGAAAGUGAUUCUUAUGUGUUAGUAGCUGCUCUUAAUUCUUCAAGAGCGGAUUUAUCGGAGGUGGGUCGUAUCAUAGAAGAUUGUAAGAGGUAUCUACUUGCCUUACCUUCUUCUUCAAUACGGCACAUAUUCCGAGAAGCAAAUUGUGUUGCAGAUUACCUUGCACACUUCGCUUGCAAUGGUUUUAUUGAUAGUGUUUGGGUUGAGGAUGAUGAUCAAGAGUAG